CCAGACUCACAACAACUACUCAUAAUUCAUAAACGGAAACAAAGGGCGAACCAGAGAUAGAGAGAGAGAGAUUCUGGGAGCAUUCUCUUUCUUCUACAGCUUCUCUGUGUCGCGCAUUGGCAAGGCAUGCUCUUCCUGAAUGAUAAGGAAAGGACGAUAGCGCCGAUCAAAGAACUGAAAAGCAACCCUUUUUAUUUGCUCUCUUUUGAGACCAACCUUCUUUCGACUUCUCACAUCAAAGUGGACAGCCGUUCUGCAUCUUCAAUUCUUGAAGAUCUUCCGUUCUUCUUCUUCUGGACUCGGUUUAGUUCAGAGAUUCAAAGGUAAAGCAAUGGGAACAGAGUAUGCCAAGAACAAGAAGUUUUAUUGGCCGAAAAUAGUCGUCAGGAAAUGGCUAAAUAUAAAGACCAGAGCCGAUGAGUUUCAUUCCGAUUAUGCUAUCAGAGCGGCGACUUUGGGUUCGUGUGACCGGAGGAGGAGCUGCUCCGACGAAGACAGCUAUUGCAUCCUACCCCAUGAAUACUUAGAUCAUGGUUGGUGCAAGGAGGGAACUGAACGCACUAAGAGGCCAAGAUUCGAAUCCGAUGCUUCAGAUUCUGCAGAGACUCUAAACCUUAAGAUGUUCGUGGGGACAUGGAAUGUAGGAGGGAAGGCACCUCACGAGGGCUUGAACUUAGGCGAAUCCUUGAACUCACCUACACCUGCUGACAUUUACGUUCUUGGGUUUCAGGAAAUCGUCCCUUUAAACGCAGGGAAUGUAUUAGGGGCGGAGGACGAGGCUCCAGCUGCUAGAUGGCUUUCCCUAAUUCGCCAAGCUUUGAACAAAAGCAGCGAGAAGGGGACCCAGGUUGGCCAAAAUUGCACAAGUGCCACUUCCAGUGACGGUACCAAUUCCGGCAACAGGAUCAGCAUUUCGGAUCAAAUUUUGAGUCCCUUAAGCGAGGAGGAGGAGGAGGAGGAGGAAGAAGAGGAUUUCUUCAGAAGAAGUUCAAGUUCGUAUCAGAGUUGUAGUAGUAAUUGUAAUUGUAACGAGGGCGACGAAGGCUUGCGGAGCCCACCAGGUUCGUUGAGAAGACAGAGCAGCCGCAGCGAUAGAGAUAGGGAUAUAAAUAGGAAUGGAACGGGAAGUCGUUAUUGCUUAGCGGCAAGCAAGCAGAUGGUGGGGUUAUUCCUAUGCGUGUGGGUGCGGGCUGAUCUGAACCGGCAAAUCAGCAAUUUGAAGGUCUCUUGCGUCGGGAGAGGAAUCAUGGGUUAUCUGGGAAAUAAGGGCUCAAUAUCCAUCAGUAUGACCCUGCACCAGACGACCUUCUGCUUUGUCUGUACCCACUUGACGUCAGGGGAGAAAGAAGGAGACGAAGUGCGUAGGAAUUUCGACGUGAUGGAGAUACUCAAGAAGACGAGAUUCCCUCACUCUCACUCUCAUGGAGUGGCAGGACUAGGAAAGGGGUUCUCCUCCCCUGAUACCAUCAUGGCCCAUGAUAAGAUCGUUUGGCUUGGGGAUCUAAAUUACCGUCUCUCAUCCAGCAAUGGCGACACUUAUAAACUGUUGCAGAGGAAUGACUGGAAAUCACUCCUUGAGAGAGAUCAGCUACAGAUAGAACAGAAAGCAGGACGAGUGUUUCAAGGUUGGGAAGAAGGGAAGAUAGAAUUCGCUCCUACCUACAAGUACCUGCCUAACUCUAACUGCUACGUUGCCCAGUCAUCCUCUACUGUAUCCUCUAAAGAGAAACGUCGCACACCUGCCUGGUGCGAUAGAAUUCUAUGGAGAGGGGAAGGGGUGAAGCAGAUGUGGUAUGGGAGGGGUGAGUCCAGGUUCUCAGACCACAGGCCCGUUAACUCUCUCUUCUCUGUAGGGUUGGUGGCCGUUGCCAACGACAAGUCCAAGUGCCAGAAUCUUCCUCCUCCUUGCUCUUCUUCAUCCUCGUCGCGCAGCAGCAACAACAGUAACGCCAAGCCCAUGUCAGCGUCGCGUGUGGCCAGGAGGGUACAGGCCGAAGAACUCCUAGUAACGAGGGCAAAUAGCUGCUUUGAGAGUGUCUCCAGGUACUGAAGUACACGUCCGGGAGGCCGCAACAUUUUUGUAAACUUUUCACUGUCAGAGUGAUUCAGACCAAUGAUGAAUUGGGGGGUCCAAGUCUCCAUGGCCCUACACUACUUAGCUUGAGUUCCUUUUUUAACCAACAACUUCUUUUUGCCGCGUAUGAAGAGCAGCAUAACACGCGCAACAGAGCUACUAGGUAGGCGUGCUUCUUUGAUGGUUGGUCUUCCCACCUGGCCCUGUGGAAUUAAUUACUGGGGGGCCCUGGCUAAUGUCUGGCAACCAACUCUGCAAUUUUGGUAUAUGUAUAUAGUUUAGUAAUUAUAUAGAUAGUAGCAGGCGUGAACGAAUAUAUAGCUUAGAGAAGAGGCACAUAAACUAUUUUCGGAAGUGAUGAUGAUGAGUUGGGAAGUCAGAACGAACCUUAUUGAAGGCUUGAGGGUAUCGAGAGCAGAGACAUGAUGGGCCUCUGACUCUGAGUAAAGCAUGGGAGUGAAUGAUGCCUACACUUAUAUCAUCUCCUCAUCUCUUGGGGCUGAGAACUUUAUUAUAUCGAUGGGUUGAUUCCCUAGUGGGAUGGAGUGCUUAUUAUCAGAGCUAUUUGAAGAGCUAUAAAGCAAGUGGCAGUCGAAUCCUGACUCCUAAGUUCGGGAGGAGGAUAUUGGAGAUAGCUGCGUAAACUCUUGAGAGAUGGUGUUUGGGGUAUGGGUUUUUUGGUUGGUCUGUGCAUGUCUUAGAUUUUACACCCUUCCCCUAGCCACACCCCACCGGAAAAAACAAAAAAAAAAAAAAAUUGUCUUUCCUGAGUGAACAUAUUUAGGAUGUUUCUGGAUGGUACUUCCUAGUCUGGGAAGAUUUUGUUUUAACCACGAUUGGUGAAAAUAAAAAGAUUUAAUUUUUUUUCCAUAU